AUGUCGGCAGAACAAUCACAGGAGGACACUCCUUCGCAGCGGGAGAAAGAACUCUCUGCAAAACUCGAAAAGGCAGAGUUGGCUAUUCAAGCCAAUUCGCAGCGGGAAGCUGAACUUCUCACUGAACUUCUUCGAGCCAAGACGGCACUCCUAGAUGAAGCCCAUGAGCGCGAGCAUCGCCUUUCGGCCCAGGUGGAGCAAACCUCCAACCUUCUUGAUCAGUCUCAGAAAAGAGAGCAGGCGACUUUGGAUCAUUUUGUCAAGCUCACCUCCGAUUAUGAAGCUUUGAAAGAGAGAGCUGACGACCCGUCGGCGGAAAUGCUUCAGAAAGAGGCUGCUCUCACUGCGUCUCGACAGCAGGAACGACAACUGUCCAUGGAGCUUCAAAGUGUCAAGAAUGAGCUUUCAUCCUGCAAAGACAGCCGAGGACUUGCUGAGAGAGAACUUGCAGACGCAAAGAAGGAUCUAGAACGAUCGCGAAACUCUGCAACGGAGCAAUCAGCUCGCCUCGAUGAGGCCAACAAGAAGAUCCAAGAGCUUUCGAAAGAUGCAGAACAGUCCAAACAAAAGAUUUCCGACAUGAGCAAGGCCAGUGAACAGGCAGGCCGCAACUACCAGAGCCUUUGGUCUCGGUACAACAGACUACAGGAAUCAAACAAGAACAAUCGUUAUUACCAACAGUCAACAUAUCAAUGGCCACCACUUCCAGCGCCGUCUCAGAGCUUCCAAUUCACCGACCAGCCGCGAGAUGUAAAUCCUAUUUUCGACUUCAACCUCGGAGCGAAUAAGCAAGGCUCACAAGUCAAUGUGGCACAGGGUUUUGGAACACAGGCACGCUCGGCGGCCACGUUUGGCUCAGCGAGUGCUAUUCAGCCAGGGGGCUCACGGUCGUUCAGUCACAACGGCAGCUCUCAAUCAAAGUCGUUCAGCAGUUUUAAACCUGCCACGCUGAAGCACAAUGGCCUCUCUUGUCCCCCCAAUGGCCCCGGAAACCAGAAACGGCAAGAUGAUCAGACCCAGCAAGGUGCAGCCGAUCCCAAGAGACUCAAGAAGGAGGCAUAA